GUUCCGCGGAAGCCGCACGGCACCGGGACGCGCUCCGCCGGCGCCGGGACCGAGGUGCGCGGCGCUUCGGUGGCCACCGCGCUCCGGGGGCGUCCGCUGGGCAUCAGCCCCCGGCUGCGGCGGCGGCCGGGCGCCCGCGGGGAGCCCUCGGGCGAGGCGCCGCCGCGGAGCCAAGAGGAGAAGUUCCUGGAGGAGAACAUCCUCCUCCUGCGCAGGCAGCUGAACUGCUUGAGGAGGAGGGAUGCUGGGCUGUUGAAUCAGUUACAAGAGCUAGAUAAGCAAAUAAGUGACCUCCGGCUGGACGUGGAAAAAACGACGGAUGAGCACCUUGAGACAGACAGCCGUCCAAGUUCAGGGUUUUAUGAGCUGAGUGAUGGAGCUUCUGGAUCGCUCUCCAAUUCGUCUAACUCAGUCUUCAGUGAGUGUUUAUCCAGUUGCCAUUCUAGCACUUGCUUUUGCAGCCCUUUGGAGGCAACACUGACUAUCUCAGAUGGACGCCCUAAAUCUGCAGAUCUCAUAGGCUGGAUGGAUUAUAAUAAGGAAGGCCAACAUGAGGACCAGACUGCAGGCUCUGUCUGUUGCUCUUUGUCCACACCGCACUCAAAUUCCCUCGAUGUCGUUGCAGAUGUACAUCCAAAAUACCAGUGUGAUCUGGUGUCUAAAAACGGGAACGACGUCUACCGGUACCCCAGCCCACUCCAUGCGGUAGCUGUGCAGAGCCCCAUGUUUCUUCUCCCGGUGACUGAAAACCCUCAGCGAGAAGAGGAGAGACUUGGCUGUGAUAUUAGCGACGUUUGUGUUGGGUCGGAAUCGGACUCAGGAAAAGCAGCCAAUACCUUUCUCCCACAGAGCUCCUGGCCCGCGUCGGGCCCUUCCGCCAGCAAGAGGAUAGACGGUUACAUCUUAAGCCUGGUUCAGAAAAAGACUCAUUCAGUAAGGACUAAUAAACCAAGGACGAGUCUCAACGCUGACCCCACCAAAGGGAUUCUGAGACAUGGAAGCAUGUGUGUCAGGCAGCCCACCGCGGUGGUUUCGCACACCAACGUUGUGAACCUGAAGAAUUCGAAGCAAGUGUGCUUGCAUUCCGGUGGGACAACCGCUGCGGACAAUGCGGUGUUCUCCCCGGCAAAGCAGAGGCCGAAGGAAUCAAGUGGCGAGCAGCUGGAGAGUAGGAAGAUGCCUUUGCCGGCAGCUUUCCCACCCAGCGCAGGGAACGAACUUCCAAGCAAGCGGGGCGUCAAGCCAGUGCCUCCAGAGCUAAGUCAGAACAUGGUAGCUCCAGCGGGGGACAUCCCCAAGGAAAACAGCCAGCUCUUCACCACGGCUCCCAAAGAGAGCCCAGGCAAGACAGUGGUGUUGCAGUCGACUCCAUCUUCUCCUCCCGUUGAGGAGAGGCCUUCCCUGGAUUUCAAAAGUGAGGGCUCUUCCUCACAGAGCCUGGAUGAUGGGUUACUUGUGAACGCCCAAUACAUACCGGCCCAGCAGCAAAGCAUUAAGCUCCACAAAGGCACCAAAAACGUCAAAAUUUUGAAAAGUUCCACCUUGAAACACAGGCCCCAUCUCGUCAACGGGCUGGAAAAUGCCUCUCAGACCUUGAGGGAGAAAAACAAGCCAGUCAGCAAGAAAUGUCGCUUUCCUGAGGAAUUGGAUACAAAUAAGAAACUGAAAAAGCCCUCUUCAAGGGGGAAGAGAGGCAGUGGGUUGCCAGCAGAGUCCAGCCUCCAAAGUAGGCCGUCUGGCCUACAUAAAUCCGUAAUCCGGUCCCAUGGACAUGGCCGAGAGGUCGUGGUGGCCAAACCUAAACACAAGCGGGCCGACUAUCGCCGGUGGAAGUCGUCGGCAGAGAUCUCCUACGAGGAGGCCCUGCGGAGGGCGAGGAGGAACCGCAGAGAAGGCGUUGGAGUCUACCCACAAGUCCCCCUGCCUUACGUGAGCCCGUACGCCUACGUAGCAAGUGACUCGGAGUACUCGGCCGAGUGCGAGUCCUUGUUCCACUCCACCGUGGUGGACACGAGCGAGGACGAGCAGAGCAAUUACACCACGAACUGCUUUGGAGACAGCGAGUCUAGCCUGAGCGAGGUGGAAUUCGUAGGGGAGAGCACUACCACCAGCGACUCGGAUGAGAGCGGUGGUCUCAUUUGGUCUCAGUUUGUCCAGACUCUCCCCAUUCAAACGGUCACGGCUCCAGAGCUGCAUGAAAAUGCAGCAAAGGCCUUUGUCAAAAUCAAAGCCUCCCAUAACCUCAAGAAGAAAAUCCUUCGCUUUCGGUCGGGCUCUCUGAAGCUGAUGACAACGGUCUAGUGAAGUGACUUGGUGGAAUAUAGCUGUUUUCUGCUUUUGGAAGCAAGGUGCUUUUGUGUACAUAUUUUCACAAAUUGUUUUUUAUAUAUCUAUACAAAUAUUUAAAACUUAAGGUAAAUUAUGUCACUUGUCUUCUGAACUUGGGUGGAUACUAGUGCCUUUUAAGUGAAAAUAAAAGACGAUUAUACUCGUUUUAAAAAAAUAACACUGCCGUUUCAGUGGUGAACAGCCUCCAGUGCAUAGUAUCAGAGGGCUUUGAAAAAAAAGUUAAUGUUGCCAAGAAUUAAUAUUCCUAGAUUUUCAGUGCUGGGUCUUUUGCAGGAUAUCAACAGUGUAAGGUCAUAGGUUUUUAGGGAAAAAGAGGGAGGGAGUGUGGGUGGUCUUAAUGUUUUUGCUUGUCCCUUUCUGCUGCUCCUGCUGCCACAUCUUGAAUUUGUUCCUCCAGACAGUCUGGCCUGCUUUUUCCUUUUCUGAUUCUCUUCUUGAAACUUGUCCUCGUCCACCCUCAACCUUCUCCCACAAGGAAAAGUCUCCUGUUCAAUCUGUCUCUAAGGUUAAACUGCCUUCUCUGGAGUGCACUCUGCUCCUGUUUCCUGGGAGUCCCAGUGUGGACUGUGGUGUUGAUCAGAAAAAAACUGUUGGAGCAGCUGACCAAGGCUUAGUAACUUCAGUAUAUUGUGUAAAACUGCCUUUU